AUCACUAAUUUUAACUAGAAUAGAAGUAGAUAAUAUGGGUGUCAAUGGCUGGCAAAACAGACUGGACUUGCUAAUUAAUCCUGUUGAGUUUGUUACUGAAACUGGUUCAGAUGAUACAGAGGGUGCAAAAAAGUUGAAAGAAUCAUCUAAAUGCUCGUUAACUGGUGACGAAGCUAAAAAACUAUACGAAGAUAUCAUCAAUGAACCUCUUGUCAAAGUUAAGAAGAAAUCCAUUGCUAAACACCGGUGUAAAAAGGAGAGGAAAGAAAAACAAUUGGUUCACUUGAAUGAUCAAGUCGAACAACUCACUGUGAAUGACAUGUUCAAAGCUGCCCAAUGUGGGGAUAUAACAUCUGUUAAAGCUUGUAUUUUGAAACACAAGUUGGACAUAAAUGCAACUGACCAGUACUCAUGGACUCCUUUGAUGAUGGCAGCACAUGAAGGUCAUAUGCAUGUGGUGACGUUUCUUUUAACGGAAGGAGCUAAUUGGAAAGAUAAGGUUGAUGCAAGUGGAUAUGACGCACGAGAUUUAGCAUGUUUGGGUGGACAUGGGGAUAUGGCGCAUAUUUUCACAAAUUCAAGGAUGUAUAUUCAAAAAAUCAAGGUUGAGAGAUGUAGAGAAAAGGUUCUGAAAACCAUCAAACGUGAAAAGCUAUGGUGUGAAGUUUGCAAAUGCCAUUACUAUGCAACAGAUGGCGAAACUGAGCAUAGUUCACACAAUUCAUCGACUCUUCAUCUGUUUAAUGACAAGGAUUCAUCUCAACCUCAUUCUUCUCAUUUUUAUAUCUCUGUUGCAAAUAAAGGCUAUCAAUUGAUGCAGAGAGAUGGUUGGGAUGGUGAGAGUGGACUCGGACCUGGAGGAUCUGGUACUAAAUAUCCAGUCAAGACAGUCUUAAAACGAGACCGACUAGGAUUUGGUGCUGAAAAUAGCGAAGCAAAAUCAAAAGUCACACAUUUUGGGGCAAAUGAUAAAAAUGCAGUUAAGAGACACCAUGAGGAAAUGAACAAAAAAAAACACAAAGGGACAUCUUUCAAUUCUAAGACUAAAAGGAAAAAAGAUAUGUCUAGGAGAGAAGCUUUAGAAAAAGAAAAGGAGGUAAAUUUCCGAAGACUGUUUCAUUAAAGUUGAAGCUAAAUUAUUAUUCUUUAUGCUCUGAGCCUCGGACCAUGGUUUGGUGUUUUCAUAUUUUUGUAACCAUUCUCAUUUUUAAUGAUAAGACGUCUUUUUUGAAUUAUUUGUCAGUCUUGUUUUAUUUCACAUUGCUAUUUCAAUACUGAAAUCACUUGGGCUAAUUGAAAAGACCCCACUGUUUUUUUAAUAUGCAUAUACAGUGGCCUUUAUGAAGUUUUUUUCUUCCUGUUAAACAUAUUACAAUGAAUCAAGAAAAAAUUAUGCUUGGUACAAUCAUGUUUGUAAGGGAAA